AUUCAAACGUACAGGGAGUGCAGCGGCGACGAAGGAGGAGUUGAACACAAGCUCCGAGCAAAAACUUCCCAUGUCAAUGUCUAUGUGGGCCUCGUGGUGCGCAGCACGUCUGGGACAGAAACACUUCGGAUUGUAAAAAUAAACUAAAGUUAGUGACUAACAAAAGAGAGGAGCAUGUACAUUCAACCACGGAGACAUUCGUUUGAGUUGUUUUUCAAGUGUGUAACGGUUAGUUAAAAUAAUGGAAAUUGGGGAAGUAUGGAUUUGCGUGUUAUUGAACGAUUUGGAGAGCGCGCACCUACGGAAAGGGUAACCACAUGCAAAUGGAUUGGGAGAGGAGGACACUGGUGAAGUGACUAUUUAAUUCCACAAAGAAAUUGUGAGAGAAUUGUGACAGGUAUGAAUGACAGCACGACAAAAGAUGGGCCCCGAGAGCCUACUAUUCCGGUGAUUAUGUUUAUUUUAGGAGUGGUGGGGAAUGUCAUCGCCAUCGUGGUGCUCCGAAAGUCUCGGAAAGAACAGAAGGAGACCACCUUCUAUACGCUGGUGUGCGGGCUUGCAGUGACCGACCUUUUGGGCACGCUGCUGGCCAGCCCCGUCACCAUCGCCACCCGUGUGCAAGGGAAGUGGCCGGGAGGAGAGUCACUGUGUCAGUACUCCGGCUUCAUCCUUCUCUUCUUCUUUCUGGUCGGCCUCAGCAUUAUCUGUGCCAUGUCCAUAGAGAGAUACUUGGCCAUAAAUCAUGCAUAUUUAUACAACCAUUACGUGGACCAAAGACUUGCUGCGUUGACGCUUGCGGGAAUCUACAUCUCCAACGUGAUGUUCUGCGCGCUGCCUGCCAUGGGACUCGGUAAGGUGAAAAGGCAGUUCCCAGAGACCUGGUGCUUCAUCGACUGGCGGACUAACGACACCACGCACGCCGCCUUCUCCUAUAUGUAUGCCGGGGUGAGCUCUUUACUCAUCCUCACCACGGUCAUCUGCAACGUGCUGGUGUGCGGGGCGCUGAUUAUGAUGCACAAGCGGUUCAUCCGCAGGACAUCGCUGGGUACGGAACAGGGAGGUCGCAUAGCUGUCCUCAGGCGCAGACGGAGCUUCCAACGCAUGGCCGGCGCAGAGAUCCAGAUGGUCAUUCUGCUCAUCGCUACCUCCGCGGUGGUUCUCGUCUGCUCCAUACCUUUAGUGCUGCGGGUGUUUGUGAACCAGCUGUCCAUGGUUGCGUUCGACGCCCAUUCAACUCCCCUAGAGAAGAACCCAGAUCUCCACGCCAUCCGCAUUGCCUCCAUCAACCCUAUCCUGGAUCCCUGGAUCUACAUCCUGCUGAGGAAGACUGUCCUGCUGAAGCUGGUGGAGAAGAUCAAGUGUCUGUUCUGCCGUAUGGGCUGCCGGGGGCGGGGGUCAGGGGUCAGGGGUCAAUUCCACUGCGGAGGUGAAGGUCAUCCGAAUUCGUCCAUCGUAUCCCGGGAUUCGCCGUCACUGGUGUCCCGCGAGCUGAGGGAGGUCAUCAGUACUUCACAGACGUUUCUUUACUUGCCGGAGGGGACCGGGGGGGGGUCUAGAGGGACAGGGGGAGAGGGAAGACCCAGCCCCCCGGCUGUGGAGUGCUCCCUGCUACAGGACCAACAGACACCAGGGGGGAAGGGGAUGCAAAAUGAUUCCAAAAAGGGCACUUUAGGCCCCAGUAUGUCAAUGAGGACAGAUGGGACAGUUGACCCUUCACCUCUGAACAGGGUGCCAUCGGUCAGAAAAGACAAGACUCUACAUGUGACGUUUACAGACGAGACACUGAACUUACAGGAGAAAUGCAUCUGACGGACACAAACACAAACUCCGCAAGAGUGGCGGAUAACACAGAAAAGUCACAGAGGGGAACAAGGAAGUCUAAUAGCCUUAAAGGUUGGGACUUCUGAAGGGUUAAACUCAUAAGGAAAAUGUUUCCCUGUGUCGUGUUUGUACUCUUAUAAAAACAACUACAUGAAACAAAUAAGACUGGGAGUUGGUUUAGUUCAUCAGUGAUGCUCCUAGGUGAAUCAUGAUGUCCUGUUUAGGGUUCGGUCAAAAUGUCACACGGUGCCAAAGUGGAUUCUAGGAGAUUGGAUCUAUUUACAUAGAUCAUAUAUUGGAUCUAUUAUAUGUCACAUUCUUAUUACAAGAAUACCAAUAUAAUAUACAUAUACCAGCACACACAUCAGUAAUGAACAUAAAGUGUAAUUUCAACUUUAUAAAGACAAUAAGGAGAUUUUAUUGCACUUUUCAAAAACUGAAACCCACUGAAAGGCACUAAAUGCUACCAUGCUAUCAUAGUGCUAUCUGAGAUCCUUGGGAUGUCCACACCCCCUAAACCCUAACCAAACCAGAACAUUUACCUAAUCAUGACCUUAACAUUUUAAAAUUUAAACUACAAAGGGGUAGGGACUUCCCAACGAUCCCAGAUAGCAAGGACCACUGCUUACCACUGGCCUCCACCAAUACAAUUGUUGUGAUACACUGUAUAGUCCCGAGACUACAAUGUGAAUUGUGUCCCAUAACAUCAAUUUAUUUCAGAAAGAAAAAACACGUUUCUUCUCUGUGAGAAGGUCUAGCUAGUUUGUAUCCAUGUCAAAUUGCUACAAAAUUGAUUGAAAUUGUGUGCUAUAUUUCAACAUUUGCAAAGAAUUGUAUCAUAUUGGUUGACUUGGCAGUUUCAUUUACAUUUACAUUUAAGUCAUUUAGCAGACGCUCUUAUCCAGAGCGACUUACAAAACAAUGCCUGAAGUAUAAAAAUCCAGCAAAACUAUUGAGCAUAUAAUCCCAUGCAUAAGACUAAAGACUCUAAACAACAAAAACAAACAAAAGACCCAUUUCAGUCCAUAAGAUCCAUUCUAGCCCAUAAGUCCUUAGAGACAGAUCAUAGUCCCCGUGCUUUGACCAACUGAUCCUGUGAUGAAGAGGGUGUGUCCCCUGACCCCUCCUCCUCCACAGGUACCUCCCUAGAAUUCCCCUCAGCGUCGACAACCACGACUGUCCUCUUCAGUUCCUCAUAGCGUCUCUGUCUCUCGGCUACGGCAAAGUCGUAGUCCUGCUGGAGCUCUGGAGGGUUCAGGACAUCCUGUUGGGCCUCCUCCUCCCGCUGGGUCUGGUCCUGGGCCGUCCGUCUCUGCUGCUGCAGCCGCCGCGCCUAUGCCAGGUCCUCCGACCAGAGGGGGCGCUCUGACGGACACAGGUGGACCGCUACCUGGAAGGACCUCACUGCCUGUGGACAGGAUGAAGACCUUUGUUGUAUUUUCCUUUCUGUUAACAUCUUUUUAUUGACUUAAGAUUAACACAAAUGACUGGUAAUGAAGGACAAUAAUUGUUGUGGGGAAGAUGAAUGAAGUAUAAAAUCCAGCAAGACUAUUGAACAUAUAAUUCCAUGCAUUUCACUUUGUUACUUGUACUGAGCUUGUACAGAUAGGAUCUUAAUUUGACCUGUAUUGUCGCAGCAACAUAAUCCUGCAGCAACAGGAUUUGGACGUUUAGUCCAUAAUGUUGCCUAAUCGAUGGUUAGGCUAUUAGCUGGUCAAAAUGAGGCUACAUGAAAAGUGGAAUAAUAUUAAUAUAACCAUGUGUUAGUGUGGGUGUUCAGUGAAUUUAUGUAAAUCACAAAAAUCCUAUGCAUUUCCUGCUGCGCAAAAGAGUGAUCAAAUUAAGAUCCUACAGCUUGUAUGGUUGAAAUAACAAAUGGGAUUUACAUUGCUGUUGUCUUUUGUUCAAAUUACACUUUAUAGGUGCAUGGCAUUACUUUCCCCCCGAUUAAAUGAUAUCAGUGAACUGAAA